UGUGAAUCUCAGUUUCGCCUCACUGACAGCAUCAUUCCUGCGGUUGGACACCUGGCGUGUCGCCGUCAGUCGACGUUUUCACAUACUCGACAACUCAUUUAACGACGACCUUUUCUCGACUUGGUCUCUACCAUGUCAACGGAAACAGCAACGCCUGUGGCCGCGGGUGCGGGCACAGAUAUCGCGCUCCUUGCAACAUUUCAGAAGCACAUCGAGGACAUGCGAAAUCUGUCGCUAUGCAAAAUCUGCAUCAAACCUUUCUACGAACCCUUCAUACUAGGAUGCGGUCACACAUACUGUUACUCAUGUCUUGCCAGCUGGUUCGGUGGCGCGCAGAACAGGAAAAAGAAGAAAAAUUGUCCUGAUUGCAGGGCUGAGGUCACAGUGCAGCCGUCGCCGAACUACCUCCUUCGGGACUUGGUGCACAUGUUCAUUAAUCGAGCAGAGCUUCUUCCAGAGGAUGAGACUGUGCAGGAACACCAACAAGCAAAAGAGGAUGAGGCUGUGAUGCUAGCGGCAGAUCGUACUGGUGCUGGGCUGUUCAAGGGAGCGUUUGUGCGAGCACACCGGCCUUUGCUGCUUCACUGGGGUCAGGGAAUACUAGACCAGGAAGACAACGUGCUGCGUUGCCCUGAGUGUCACUGGGAGUUGGAAGAUGGAGAAUGCCUACAGUGUGGUUUCCAUGAAUACGAGCCGGGAGAUAGUGACUACGACUCUGGCGAGGACUCUGGUGUAUCGCAGAGCAUACACACUCUUGAUGACGACCUUGACAAUGAUGCCGAUGACGUUGACUACGCUUUUCGCAACAGCAUGUACGAUCGCAACACCAUCUACGAUGGAUCGAGAUCGCCCGAGCUCGAUGGUCUAGAAUCGGAGCCUGAUCCUUACGGAAACGAUUAUGGCGACGAUUACGAUGACGACGACGAUGACAUGGAGAGUUUCAUUGACGACGGGAGGUCUGGCGAAGGGGACGAAGACGAAGACGCCAAUAGUGAGGCGACGAUGACAGGCUACCACCCUCAAGUGGUAAUAGCCGCUCUUCACCAUCGAGCAAUACAAGCAGCUCGCAAUCAACAUCAACCUGCCUCAGUUGCUAGUGAAGAUUACACCACUGACUAUGAUGAUCCGGACGAUGACGCAGAUAACGACAACUCUGCUUCCAAUCGCGAAGCCACUCCGUACGACGAUGCUUCUGAUGUCAACACCAACUACGACAAUGCCUCACAGCCCUCAGAACAUGACCCCCCGAUCCGGCCUGCCCGACGCGUUAACAGAGUCAUCAGCGACGAUGAAGACGAAGAAGUGGAUGACGAAGCACAGACGGAGGGAACGACGCCGCAAGAACCGCAAUCAGAGGAGGAGUAUAGUGAAGUUGGGGAUAACGUGGCCUCGGACGAUGACGAGGAUCAGGAGGAUGAAGACAACGCAGAUGGUGCUAAUGGCAAUGGUUCGAACGAUGAAGAAGGAUCGGGAUCGGAUGAAUCAGAUAUUCGGCCUCCACACUCUUCGGCUCGACGGAUGCAGCAUUUGCAAAGUCAACGUGCUAGACGAGGCAAUGCUGGCUUCCAAUCACAUACUCACCGAGCCCGGGGAUCGACCUGGCACCCUUAUUCGGAUGAAGCAAGGAAUCAAAGUCGAGGGCGUCAGCACGUGAAUGGCUACGAGAGACCUCCUUAUGGCAGACGUAUACCCGUUGGCGGAGGCAAUAGGGCUUACUGAUAUCUGGCGUGCUUUGGCGACUUCGAUCAUCAUGCCUGCUGGGCAUGUUUCUGUUGAGAAUACUCGGGGCGCUGAUCAACUCAAGCACCAUCCAUGGCUGCUGGGCAUUGGAUGCUGGGCGAAAGACAGGAAGACUUUGAACGCAGAUCCACGGACAUCAUCAU